CCGUGAGUCACUUGGUGCUCGUGUUUGGAUUCUCCUCACUGAAAAGCAGAUGCAGUGCAGGAUAAGGGCAAUGCUACAACGAUUUCAAGGGUCUGGACCCUCUAACCAGAUCAAACAGAGCUCGGUAGCACCGUCUUCUGGCAAAAAGGAAAACAUCUAAGGAUUCUGGUGGAUUACACUCUAUCAACUUCAACAUUUAUUGAAGGAGCUCAGGCAUUUUUUUGUGUAUCUUUUUUUUUGUUGUUGGACUAAUUCUUCAGGGCUCCUACUGCCAGAAGCAUGUCAACAAAAAUGACUUCAUAGCCACUUACUGCAGGCAGAAUAGAAGAAACGCAACAUACAGCAUGGAGGCUUCGAGUUCCACUCAUGCAGGGACAUCCCCCUCUACACCCAUAUUUCCCACCUCCCCUACUCCCUCCUCUCCUGGCUACUUGCAGUUCUUCUGGGAGUACCAGGACAAUUCUGUCAUCGUGGAACAUUACAACUACACUGGCAAGCUGCAGAAAGACCGCUACCGCGAGGGGCUCAAGCCUGAGGGCAUUGCGUUCCUGGUGGUGUGUCUCCUCAUUGUCCUGGAGAACGCUGUGGUUCUCAUUGCCAUUUGGCGGAACAAGAAGUUCCACCUUCCCAUGUAUUACCUGCUGGGUAACCUGACUCUGUCUGACCUGCUGGCUGGGAUUACCUACAUGGCCAACAUUAUAAUGUCUGGACCUAAUACUUUGAAACUGACGCCACUGCUGUGGUUCCUCAGGGAGGGAGGGGUCUUCAUCACUCUGGCUGCCUCUAUCAUUAGUCUGCUGGCCAUUGCAAUUGAACGACACGUUACUAUGGUGACUAUGCGGCCAUACCACGGGGCAAAGCGGGGACGGAUGUUGGCACUGAUUGGUGCAAGUUGGGCCCUGGCAGGCUUUCUGGGGGUCCUACCAAUUCUGGGAUGGAACUGCAUCCACAGACUCGCCCAGUGUUCAACAGUGCUCCCGCUUUAUGCCAAGAGCUACAUCCUCUGCUGCGUAUCUGUGUUCAGUGCAGUGCUCCUGGCCAUCGUGGUACUUUAUGCCAGAGUUUUCCGCAUUGUUCGCACCAACACGCAGCGCCAGCGGUUGGGGCUGUCAGGCAGCUUGCGAAAAGGCUUAGCGAGGAAGUCGCAGAAGUACAUCGCCCUCCUCAAGACAGUCACCAUUGUGCUGGGCGUCUUCAUUGCUUGUUGGCUGCCCCUCUUCCUCCUCCUCCUCCUGGAUUUUUUCUGCUCUACCCACAGCUGCUGGUUGCUCUACAAGGCUGAUUACUUCCUGGGAGUAGCCAUGGUCAACUCGCUCCUCAACCCCAUCAUCUAUACUCUGACCAGUAAAGACAUGAGGAGAGCCAUUCUGAGGCUGCUCUGUCGGCCAUGUCUGAUGACCAGAGAUGGCCAAGUAAAGAAGAUCGGGAUGCCAUUCCUGGAGUGCAGUUUCAGUAAGACUGAGGUGGCCUCGCAGAAGUUAGAGGGGGGUCUGGAGACGACCAUUUCCUCUGGGAACGUUGUCACCACCCCGUCUCCAAUUAAAGCUCUUUACCCUAAACUCUUCAAGUCAUAAGGACACAGACUGACGGGUUGAGUCUAAAAAUGUGUGAAUGGGUUUCCCACUAAACAGAGGCCAUGUAGCACAUGUCUAUCUUCUAUAGAGAGGAGGCAGUUCUGGUAUUCUCAAAUUUGGAGUAUAGCCAGAAACAGAUAUUAUGGAGGCACAAGAGUAUCAUGUUUAGAAUAAUGUCUCACCUUGACAAGUCAAAAGUGGUACAAAUUAUAACAAUAUAACCACAGCUACGAACAUCAUGGUGACAUUAUUACAGACCAAAAGGCCAUAAGGAAGCCAUUCAAAUGUGAACAAGCAAACAAACUUUUUUAAGGGUUUGAUGAAAGUGAUGAGCCUCCUUAACUAAUUUGCACUGAAAUAUCACAAUAAAUGGAGCAGCAGCCUUGGAUGAAAUUUUCCUGCACUUCUGCAGUUUGUGUCGAAGCCUGGAAGGACAUUUCUGCAAACCAAAAGACUCUUGUGACUGAAAAAGUGUAAAUUGUGUAACAUUUUCACCGAGAACUGCUGGGUUAAUGGUGAAUGAGUGUGACUGUCUUUUCCCCUUUUUUCAGUUGGUGUGCUAGAUUUGAUGUGAUAAAAUCGUGCGGCACCCCUACAAAUAUCUGUGUACAUGAUGCAGCGAGAGUUACAGGGAGGGAGAAAGAUAAUAGGAAAGUGAAAAGUGGAACUCACUCUCAACUGUUCGUACAAAGACAACUCGGUGAAGAAUGUUGUGGCAUAGUUGUGGGAGGGGGGGCAAAAAAACUAAAAUCCCCGACUUUUUUUAAAAUGACAGAUGGUUAACCUAACUGAUGCCAAGUGAACGGUUGCUGGGUUGGUGUCCGAUUUUUUGAAUUGUCAGUCCGGCAUCCGCAGGAAAACUUCUACAGCAACUUAAACAACAAAAUUUCAUCAUAUAAUGCGAUUAACUGAUGGACGUAACAAUGCUUUCUUUUUGCUUUGACAUGCCGAUUGUUUAACUCCGACUGAAACCAAAUCACCUGCGAUCACCUGAAAGAAUAAACCCGAUAAAUGAUUUCGUCACAGAUCUAUUUUUCAACUUGCAAAUAAAGUUGUAGAUGUAAUGAAUCACCAUCAUCCAGCUGCAUCAGGAGUUUCAAGGACAAGAAUGUGACUGCACUUGUAAGCUAAAUCAUGCAGAAUCAGGCAGAUUCAUCACAGGGCAAUUAUUCCAAUACUUUCCUUCACUCCUAAUCAUGUUUACAGAAUAUUUCCGGUUAUAGUUUAAGGUACUGACUUUUUUAUUAUGAAAUGAGUUGGACACCAGUCUCUUUAUACAGAUGUUUUUUUAAUACAGUCUUUCCAGACCUUAAUUGAUGAAUGAGGCAGUGUUCUUCUUUGUACUGUAAUUCAUGUAGUGAACUUUUUGUAUUUCUGAAAACUUUUUAUAACAUCUAUAUUGUAAAUUAUAUCUAUUUUGUAACGAGAAAGG